AUGUCUGUUGAUAAUUUCGACUUUACCGACAAAACUCGCCGCACGAUCACUGCUGCCGUCCAACUGGCAAAGGACUAUGCGAAUGCUCAAGUUCACCCAGUGCAUAUCGCCUCAGCUCUCUUGAAUGAUUCAGGAGAAGAUGAGCAGCCGGGAGGAUUGGGAGACACUUCAUCCUCAUCUAGAUCCCAAUCCUUGUUCCAUUCAGCAAUCUCAAAGGCCGGCGGUGACCCAGCAGUAGUUAAACGCGGAAUACAGCGUGCAGUCGUUAGACUGCCUACGCAAGAUCCCCCUCCUGAAGAAGUUUACUUCAGUGGACCGGUACUCAAAGUUGUACGAGAAGCGCAGAGCUUGCAGAAGACAAUGCACGACUCGUACAUCGCUCAAGACCAUUUACUCCUCGCCGUCUUGAAGGACGCGACCAUCCAAACAAUUAUCAAAGAAGCCGGGCUUACCGAAGCUACUUUGAAAACUGCCAUUGAACAAGCACGAGGAAACCGUCGUAUUGAAUCCAAAACCGCCGAACAGGGUUUCGAUGCCCUGCAGAAAUACGCCGUCGACUUGACCGCUCUGGCAGAGGAAGGCAAGAUCGACCCAGUAAUUGGACGCGACAAUGAAAUUCGUCGCGUCAUCCGAAUUCUCUGCCGAAGGACGAAGAAUAAUCCGGUUCUAAUCGGUGAACCUGGUGUAGGAAAGACCUCGAUCGCUGAGGGUCUUGCACAGAGAAUAGUCAAGAGAGAUGUACCGGCUAGCUUGAUAUCUAGACUAUACUCACUCGAUAUGGGUGCUUUGAUGGCAGGCGCGAAGUAUAAGGGUGAAUACGAAGAACGUAUCAAGGCUGUCUUGAACGAGGUCGAGAAGGCCUCCGAAGAUGGUGGUCCAGGCGUCAUCCUCUUUGUUGAUGAACUGCACCUCAUCAUGGCCGGGCGUGGCGCAGAAGGAGGAGGCAUGGACGCCGCCAAUCUCUUCAAGCCUCUUCUUGCACGUGGCAAGCUUCGGUGUAUCGGCGCGACCACACUCGCCGAGUAUCGAAAAUACAUCGAAACCGAUGCGGCUCUCGAACGUCGAUUCGCCCAGGUACUAGUAAACGAACCGAGCGUGCUGGAAACGAUCAGUAUCCUUCGAGGCAUUCGGGAGAAGUAUGAAGUCCAUCAUGGUGUCAGGAUAUUGGACGGCGCGUUGAUACAAGCCGCGACAUUGGCACACCGCUACUUGACAUCUCGGCGUCUGCCUGAUGCUGCUAUCGAUUUGGUGGAUGAGGCUUGUGCUAGUGUACGUGUUAAUCGCGAAACAGAGCCCGAGGCGAUCGACAAGCUUCAACGCAAGAGGCUUGAGCUUGAGAUAGAAAUUCAUGCCCUCGAGCGAGAGAAGGAUGCUGCAAGUAAAGAGCGUCUGCAAGCCGCGAAGAAAGCUAUUUCCGACAUAGAUGAGGAAUUGCAACCUCUUCAGGCCGCGUUCCAGGCUGAGAAGAUGCGAGGCGAUGAACUCAACGUACUGCGGCGGAAGAUGGACGAACUCAAGGCGAAGAUCGAAGAGGCUGAGCGAAGACGCGACAUUACCACUGCCUCCGAUAUGAAAUUCUAUGCUGUCCCCGAAGUGCAAGCCCGUAUCGAGCAGCUAGAAGCGAAGAAGGCAGCAGAGGACGCUUCGACCGGCUCUGCAGCCGAUGUAGUGACCCCAGAAGCCAUCGCAGAUAUUGUUGGUCGGUGGACCAACAUACCCGUCUCGAGGCUCAUGUCCUCCGAAAAGGAGAAGCUGCUGAGGAUGGAGAAGAUUCUCACCGAAAAUGUCGUUGGACAGCCCGAGGCGGUGAAGGCUGUGGCAAAUGCUAUCCGGCUAUCCCGCAGUGGGCUCGCGAACGCUCAAAGACCCAUUGCAAGCUUCCUUUUCGCAGGCCCCAGUGGUACGGGUAAAACUCUUCUUUCAAAAACACUCGCGACACUUCUCUUCGACUCGCCUGAUGCUAUGAUCCGAAUUGAUGGCUCCGAGUACUCAGAGAAGCACUCUAUUGCUCGUUUGAUCGGAGCACCACCAGGGUACAUCGGCCACGAUGCUGGAGGUCAACUCACGGAAUACGUUCGCCGCAAGCCUUACAGCAUCAUCCUCAUUGAUGAAAUCGAGAAGGCCUGUCGAGAAUUUGUCACCCUCUUCCUGCAAGUCCUCGAUGACGGCAGACUUACUGAUGGUCAAGGGCGUGUCGUUGACUUCAGAAACUCGGUUAUCAUCAUGACAUCCAACCUAGGCGCCGCCUAUCUCAACGACAUGGGCGAUGGACCUGUUCGCCCUGAGACAAGAACACUAGUCAUGGGCGCGAUACAAGGUCAUUUCCCUCCCGAGUUCGUGAAUCGUAUCGACGAGAUUGUUAUAUUCCGGGCGCUCUCACAGAAGAACGUGCUGAAAAUCGUGGACAUUCGUCUCAAGGAAGUACUUGAGCGUCUCGCCGAGCGAAAGAUUACGAUCGACAUCGACGACGUGGCGAAGAGCUACCUCAGCUCGGCCGGAUAUUCUCCCGCUUACGGCGCUCGUCCACUGAACCGGGCCAUCCAAAGUGAACUCUUGAACCCCUUGUCGAUCAUGAUCUUAUCUGAACAAGUUCGUGACGGCGAGGUCGUGAAAGUUCGCUUUGACGGACCUCACAAUCGCCUGAAUAUCAUCCCGAAUCACGAAGCGACCGAAACACAAGGGAUGGAUGUAGAUUAUGACGACGACGAUAUUGAAAUUGAAGAGAUGGACUAA